AAAUAUUAACCAAGCUAUUGGCUUUUGAUAUCCAAGAUCGAUGGCGAAGGUCACCAAGAGAGCUGUUCUUGUGGGCUGCGACUACGCUAAUCAUCCAUUCCGUUUGCCUGGAUGCAUACGUGAUGCGUUAGAUAUGAGAGACUUGAUCGUCAAACAUCUUGGCUUUGUUAACGUUAAGGUCCUGAGCGAUGAAGCGCAGCCGCCGUCUGCGCUGGCUACAGCUGCGAACAUCAAGCAUCAACUUACUCAAAUGGUGGAAAGCGCUAAAGCAGGAGACGUCCUCUUCUUCUACUUCAGUGGACAUGGAACUGCGAUUCCGGUCCUUAAAGAUGGACUGCCUCGCCGGGAAGAGAAAGCAAUCGUCUCUGCUGAUAUGCAUGCUAUCCCUGGAUUAUUCUUCAGGCAAUUGGUCAACCAACUACCGGAAGGCGCGACCUUCACGAUUGUCUCGGAUUCCGGCCACAGUGGUGGUCUCCUCAAAGGAGAGAAAGUACAAAUCGGACCAAAACCAAAACCUUUAGAAGAAAAGCCUACACCACCAGGGACGUCCUUGAUCAAAAAGACCAUUGAGUUUCGCUUCGUCCGUGACAUCGAUGAUAUAGGAUCCGGUUCGUACCCGGAGGCCGAUGACGGGGGGAUCUUGCUAAGCGGGUGUGCACCGGAAGAGACAUCGUAUCAAGUGGCCACGGAUUUCGGCACAUUUGCCUUCGGGGCAUUUACCAAAGCAGUGCUGGUGAAUGUAUCCAACGACCCAUGGAUAAGCAACAAGGAUGUUGUGAAAGAAGCUCAGAAGUAUGUAUUGCAUGUUGGCAUUUAUUUCCAGCACCCGUGCCUUUACUGCAGUGAUGCCAAUGCAGAUGCACCUUUCCUGGGUGGCGCUCCUAAGAAUCCAUGAUCGGAGAAGGCCAGGGACGGACGUAGACUAUACCCCAGCAUCCCUCGGUCCAUCCCGGAGAAGUUGCUACUCAGGCUGUCAACAUGAAUAAUAAUGUGCUAUGUCCAUCGUUGCACAGUUCUAGUACUAUAAUAAAGUUGGCGGCCACUUUAUUAAUGUUACCACUUGUUACCAUGGUUUAAUUAUAUA